AUAAACGCUUGUUUUCAGAGCACAGCCACUCAGUCAAACCAUUGACCAAUGUCAAGCGCGAGAGACCACGAUGCCUCGAUCUACCUAGCCGUGUAUGUUUCCAGGUCGUCAGACAUCAAGCGGGACCCUUCGUCUCUAUCUUGCGCUCAUCCAUCGGUCACGUUCGUCAGCCAGGUCGGAGCUCUCGAAGAUGUCCAGCUCGUCAGCGUGCCCAAGCCGGAUUGGGAAGGAAAUCGGAACGAGAUCCUAGGACAAUUGCAAACAUUUCCCGGAGUAGUUCGAGUAGAAGUGCAAGAAGCAAAACAAAGAGCAAAGCGAUCAAAUGACGAACUUUAAAA